AUGAUAAAUCCCAGCGAUCCACGCCUCAAGCAUAAUCAGGAGAAGAAAGAUAAGGAGAGGAAGGAGAGAGAGGAGAAGCAAGUGAAGCAUACUCCGCAGCUUUCACAUUCCCUCUUCUUUAGUCACAAUGAAGCUCUAGCCCCGCCUUAUCACGUACUGAUUGAUACAAAUUUUAUAAACUUCAGCUUACAGAAUAAGCUCGAUUUGGUGCAGGGAAUGAUGGAUUGCUUAUUUGCAAAGUGCAUCCCUUGUGUCUCUGACUGCGUUAUCGCGGAGUUGGAAAAACUUGGUACAAAGUAUAGAAUGGCUUUGAGAGUCGCGAAAGAUCCACGUUUCUUGCGUAUUCCUUGCUCUCACAAGGGUACAUACGCAGAUGACUGUAUAAUACAGCGUAUACAAGCGCACAAGUGUUAUAUCGUCGCAACUUGCGAUAGAGAGCUUAGAAGGAGGGUCAGAAAGGUUCCUGGAAUCCCGCUCAUGUACAUUGUAAAUCAUCGAUACGCUAUAGAGAGACUGCCUGACCAAGGAGCUCCUUUGUAA